AUGGGACCACCAACUGGCAAGGUGCUCGUCUUUGAUAACAAGGAACAAAGCAACGACAAGCGCAACAGUGACAAUGCCAUGCUAGACGACGAUACCUAUGCUGACGAUUACUCGGUGACCAACAACUCGGAGGAAGACGAUGAUAAUGACGCUGCUAACAAAGAAGCUGACGAAGAGUUUCGUCGUGCCCAAGAAAUGGCGCUGGCGGUUGCCGCUUUAGCUCCCAAGGCACCCACCAAUUGGACGGCCAAGGGACGGUUGGGCCGCAGCUUGAAGGGUCGCCGCGGGCGUAGGGGUCAUCGAAAAGCAGCGGAAGAAAUCAAAUUGGCCGUGGCCGAUGUCAUUUGUGCUUCCACCAAUAGCAACAUGAUGCAAGGAGGUAGAAAGAAGAAGGGACACAAUAAGAAACGUUCCAAACCGUCUUCCAAAGAAGAAGCAGAACCUGUAGAAUUCAACGUCUUGAGGCAUUUGUUGGGAAAACAUGUCGAAGACUAUCUGGUAGACAAUGAGUACUACUUGGAAUUGGAAGGCAAGGUGUUGCAUGGGUGGGAUCUGGUCUCGUGUGUGGCAGUUAUACAUUUUGUGCUGUUCUACUUUUUGUGCGGCGUCCCCUAUGCUACCUUGGACGAGUUUGACAGUUUGGAUGCUAAUAGCAACUUUAUUCGGGCUGUGUUCAUUAUUGACAUGGCAUUUGUCUUUUGUCUUUCCAACAACCGUCGUUAUACUCGAGUCGUCUCAGAUGCGAGCAAACUUGGCAAGACAGCUGGCACUACUGCUACGACUACCAAGACUUCCUCCAAGAAGAACAAGGGAAUCAAAUCUAUCAACACCACAGAGUCGUCGCAAAAGAACAGGGUUCCCAGUUCGGAAACUUCUGUAGACGCUCUCUCCACGGAAACUUCCCAAAGUAUCGAACAACUCUUGCCACUCGAACCCGAAUCCAGAAUCAAAUUGGAAUGGCUCGACAAUAUUUCCUUUCAAGAGCCUCAUUUGAUGGAACUCGAGCAGCUUCAACCGACUUCCACACUUGCGGAACGCCGACGAUUCCUAAAGGCCCGUAAGCACGUGGUCAAGGCAGCAUCUGCCCAAUUGGGAGAAUACUUGGAAUGGAGGACCACCAAUAGGAUAGACCAAUUCUUUCCUGCCAAUUCCUUUACGACGGACGAGGAAGAUUGGAAGCAUGCGGCUCGGGGUGCCAUGGAAUUGAAAAACACCAGUGGAAAGGCCCAAGUAUUGCCGCCACUCCCAAGAAUUGUCAGUGUGUUUGAAGAUCACUUGGCGGAAGUCGUCCUUUGCAAACAGGGCGCUCGGAUUGUUCAUGUCUUGCCCUGUCUACUCGAAUCCUCCUUGGCGUCCAAUGCGACCUAUGCCUUGGCAGUGGCCAUGUAUUUAGACCGCAAAUUGGAUCGAUCUUGUACGGAAAAGGUGACGGUUGUCAUUGAUAUUCGAGCUGGACAAGGAUGGUCCAAUCCAUCGUCCGUGUCGAUUGUCCCCUUUAUCAAACUGGUGGUGGGCCUCUUGAAUACCUACUUCCCCGAACGUCUCUCGAGGUGCAUCUUGUACCCACUCCCCUUUACGGCCACCUUGUUGUUCAACAAGGCCAAGGAUUAUUUGGAUCCAGAUACGGCCGCCAAGAUUCAAGUAUGCUCGGGAGCUGGAUCGGUCCAAUCGCCAGUCCCCGAAAAGGUCUGUGAAUUCAUUGGCCCCAAGGCAAUCGAAUGCAUGGAAGAUAGGAGACGAGGACUCUUUCGACAAUAG